AUGACGGUUGAGGGGGUGCCAAUGUUUACAUUGGUGAAGAAACUUAGAGGUUUAAAACACCCGUUUAUAUCUUUAUUGCAUAAACAAGGGAAUCUCCAUAGAAAAGUGUUAGACCUAAAGGAGGAGCUUGAUAAGUUGCAAACCAAGCUGGAUUUGGAUCCGUUUAACGUGAGUAUUAAAGAAGCUGAAUCAGUGUAUGUUAAGAAAUACCAUGAUGCCUUGAUUGACGAGGAAAGGUUUUUAAAGCAAAAGUCUAAACAAAAAUGGCUGGAGGUUGGCGAUGCUAAUACUGCUUUCUUUCAUAAUGCAGUGAAGUGCAGGAACCAUAUUAAUAAAAUCCAUAUAAUUAAAGACACCUUUGGUAAUCUUCACGAGGGAGAUGGAGUAGCAUCAGCUUUGGUGCCUGGUCCGGAUGGGUAUACAUCAGAAUUCUUUAAGAAGGCUUGGUCAAUUGUGGGUAGUGAGGUUACUGCUGCUAUUAUCGAUUUUUUUGAAACAGGUAGAAUGCUCCAAGAAAUUAACCAUAUUAUUGCUCUUAUCCUUAAGGUUCCUACUCCGGGUGUAGUUACAGAUUACAAGCCGAUUUCGUGCUGUAAUGUUGCUUAUAAGGGGAGCAGCAAGAUAAUUACUAGUAGAAUUCUUGAAGGGUUGAAGGAGAUUGUUAGUGAUAACCAAUCAGCUUUCGUCCCAGGUAGGAGGAUAUCGGAUAACAUAAUGUUAACGCAGGAACUUAUGCACAAUUAUCACAGUCAGGUUGGUCCUCCUCGAUGUGCUAUGAAAGUGGAUAUUCAAAAGGCGUAUGAUACAGCGGAUUGGAGGUUCUUGUGUGAUACAUUGCACGGUUUUGGUUUCCACCAAAGGUUUAUAUCAUGGAUUAUGGAAUGUGUUACAUCUACAUCGUUUUCUCUAAGUGUAAAUGGAAAUAUUCAUGGUUACUUUAAAGGAAAACGAGGAUUGCGACAAGGUGAUCCUAUGUCUCCUUAUUUAUUUACUUUGGUUAUGGAGGUGUUAUCAUUGAUCCUUAGAUCAGAGGCUGCUUUGGAUGGUUCUUUUAAGUUUCAUAAUAAGUGUGAAAAACAGAUGAUAAUCAAUCUAUGUUUCGAGGAUGACUUAUUCUUGUUCGCUAGAGGGGAGAUUAAUUCAGUUAAGCUUAUUUUGAAGUCCCUAAAGGAGUUUGAAAUUGUUUCGGGUUUAGUGUCGAGUAAUGCUAAAAGCGCUAUUUUCCUUUGCAAUGUUCCAAAUCAUGUAAAGGAGAGGAUUAUGGAGCUGAUUCCGUUUGAAGAAGGUAAACUACCAAUCAAAUAUCUGGGAGUUCCGUUGUUAGCUUCGAGGCUAUUAGUGAAAGACUGUCAGGUGCUGGUGGAUCGAAUGAACAAGAGGAUCAUGGACUGGAAGAACCGUUUUCUGUCUUUUGCUGGAAGCUUACAAUUAGUAAUUUCGUUGCUCUCGUCCAUCCAUGUUUAUUGGGCUUCAGUUUUCAAAUUACCGGCUAAGAUUAUAAAGGAACUUGAGAGUAAAAUGAAAUGGUUUCUUUGGGGUUUUGGUACAGCUUCUAAAGGCAGAGCUAAAGUUGCUUGGAAGGAGGUCUGUCUUCCCAAAGCCGAAGGGGGUUUGGGGAUUAGGCGGAUUGCGGACGUUAAUAAAUCAUUAAUGGCCUAUCAUAUCUUCAGUAUCCUUUCGGGCAGGAAGUCUUUGUGGACUGAUUGGGUGGACUUACAUAGGCUCAAGGGCCGAAGCAUAUGGGAUAUCCCGGUUCAACCGAAUGCUCCUUGGGGAUGGAAGAAAUUAUUAAAAUGUAGGUCGUUUCUUCGAGUUUUUUUCUGGAGUAAAGUGGGUAAUGGUCAUAGUUCUUUUAUUUGGUUUGAUAAGUGGUGUGACGAUUGCCCUCUAGUGAAUUUUGUUACUCGGAGACAAAUAGCGAGAUAUGGUUUCAGUGUCAAGACUAAAGUUACGGAUGUCAUUGAGCAUGGAUUGUGGACAUGGCCAGAUGCAUGGAGGGAUGUUUAUCCAGUAUUAUUUCAGUUGCAACCUCUUAAUAAUUCCAGUGCUGAUGAUCAAAUAUUGUGGAGGAAUUCGGAAGGUAAACUUGUGUACUUCACUUCUAAAGUGGUGUGGAAUUCCAUUCGUAUUCGAGAGCAACAAAAGGAUUGGUCAAAGCUCGUGUGGUCCUCUUUCAACAUCCCAAAGCAUGCGUUUACGUGCUGGCUGAUACUUAAAAGAAAACUUUGGACUCAAGAUCGUAUCCUUCAGUGGAAUCAUAAGGUGACUGGAUCUAUGAAUCAGAUGUGUUGUCUAUUGUGUUACGCAGGACUAGAGUCACAUGAACACUUAUUCUUUCAAUGUGCAUACUCAAAGGAGGUGUGGAAUCAUGUCCGUUCUAGAGUUGGCAUGAGUUCGGUUCAAGAACAAUGGGAAGAUAUAAUCUCAUGGCUGAUUCCGAAAGCUAAUUCAAAAUCAGUUUCAGCGAUUGUUAGUAAGCUGGUUGUUGCUGCUUCGGCGUAUUCUAUUUGGAGUGAAAUAAAUACUAGAUUUUUUAGUAACAGGUUGCGACCUCCUGAGCAAUUAUCGGAAUUUAUUCUUAGCACGGUCCGAAGCAAAUUGAUGUCAUUCAAGUAUAAAGCGACUGAUAAUGUAAGGCGACUCUUGGAGGAGUGGAAGAUUGAUCGGGUUGAGUACUUUGAAGAACAAUGA